CGAGUGGGUUGUUCUAAUAUAAGAAAUUAAGAGAAAAUAUAUUGCAUCACAUCACCAUUUACUUAAAAUAUGUUUAAAACUUGAUUAAAUAUAAUUUAAUGCAAACUACAUUCAUUAUUUAAAAAUGUACCUUAGGUUUAUCAUAAAUCAAAUUACUAUUGUUCUGUGUGUGUGUUGUGGUUGUGCUUUUAAAGAAAUCUCUUGUCCACUAGAGCGGGUUGUAGCCCAGAAGAAGGAGGCCAUUGAAGCAGUAAUGGAGAUGUUUGAGAGAGGAGCCGAGGUGCUGGCCAGCGCUGUUGGGGAGCUGUGUCCUCUUUUUGAAGCUUCUGCUCCAGUUUUGAGGCUGGUCUUGGACAACAAAGAAAGCAAGGAGGUAACGUAUGUCAAAGUUCAGUUUCUAGUUGUGAGGAGCAAAUUGGAUGUCCUCUCAUGUCAGUUACAGGACAUUGACUCUGAGAUCAGAAGGAGACGUUUGGAUUCUCAGUUCUUCUCUGUGGAGGAAAAUUUGCGGAACCAGUUUAGAAAAUACAUAGACAUUCUGGAGGCUAAACCUGAGUAUAAAUCGGUCAAAAAACGGUUGUUCUUAGAUCAUUUUUUCUUAACAGGUGGAGAGAAAAACCUCCACAACCUGGAUGUUGUGGAACAAUACGAGGCCAGAAACAGAAGGGUCCUGGAAGACUUCUGCGUCAGGCUGAAGGAGCUGCUCUGUUUGGGAAUCAUCGCUCUGCUGGGAUAUUGUUUCCUUACUCAGGGUGAGGAAUCAGAGCAGGAGAAGAUUCAAGAGUGGAGCACGAAGAUCCAAGAAAUUGAGACCAAAAUGAAGGAAACGAUAGAGAAAUGUGUGGAUUUGUUUCCAGAGCAAGCUGAACUGGACAUCAAGAGGCUUGUGAAGGAGAAAGAAGAUGGGAACCUUCAGGAAACGGCCCAGGAACUGCUGGACUUCCUGGUGAAGAAGUACGACUGGGUGAGCUGGUCCAUCAGAGCCAUUAGUAACUUGGGCAAAAUUAGCAACUUGAGAGCUGGACAAAACUUUCAGUGUGUGGCCGGACAGAAUUAUUUUGAAGUAUCUCAAGGAAAUGACACCAACCUGGUGAUCUCGUUCAGCAGCAACCCUCAGCCUGUGCCCAACGAGAGCGUAAAACAGACGAUAGAAGGUCCUGCGAGGAAGAGAGACGCCAAAGCUGUUGUGGAGCUUCUGGAGAAGCAGUUAGCUGGGUUUCUGGUUCAUGCCAUCAGUAGACACAAGGACAGCUUUACUCUGUCGUGUUUUCCUGAGGAAUGUCACUACUGGGAGAAACAUAAAUACAUGAAUGUGUGUGUGCAUUCAGAGUAGAUUUAGACAAACAAAUAAUUACUAUUAUUAUAUUUAUCUAACAUUUUGCAACUAGCACUUUUAC